AUGCAUGGCUCUGGAUCUGAUGAACCCGUGCGUGACAAUAGCCUAGCUCCAGAAUCCACAGGCGCCCCCGAUCACACCAGGAAAACCAAGGUAUUGGAUAAUUUGAGCAUGCGUAUGAGAUCCACGUUGAUAGGCUUCGCGUAUGCUAAACCGGAAAUUGCAGAGGUUCAUCAGCGUCAGCAAACCGAUUCUUUUAAAUCCUCUCUGGUCCCUGGUGACGGACGACAUGUAUCUCUUGCCGAAACUUGGUAUAGUGAAUCAGAACCCCGACAACGCGGCGGAGGAGUACCAGUUGCCCUCGAUCUGGAUGCAGGGCGAGUGAAGAGAUUGAUAGACAAGUAUGUGGAGUAUUUACCCUCCAAGAGCGGCAGAAACACAAACCUAGGGAAGAGCGGAGGCCGCUCAGUGGGUUUCGACGACGAAGCACGAUUUGCUGGCCCUCACGAGCCCGUGAUGCUUUUGCGCCGGGGACUAGCCCAAGUCCUCCGGAUAGAAUCUUCUUCGCCACCACAGUCAACUACUACACCUCAGAAUUCCGGGACGCCUCAUACUCGGACUCUUACACGCGGUCUGAUUCCCUAUCUUGCAUACCUCAACUGGGCAAAACAAAAACACCACCUCUGUUAUCUACUAACACAUUUCUCCGGCCUACUUGAUACCCGGACGCGUCCCUGCCAAAGUGGUAGACGAGAGACGUUAAUAACGUUGUUUGCGUUAUUGACGAAGCUGGUAGCACACUUAGCAAAAUCAGGAGCUACGCCUCCAGGAUUAAGUCUGCUUUUUGGACCGUUGUUGUUUGGGUUGGGGGCGCUGCCUGGCGACCUCAUCUUACUGUCUCCCUCUUCCGCAUCUCCUACUGUCCCCCCGCCUUCAGCUAUCCCCUCGCCUUCAGCUAUCCCCUCUUCUUCCACUUCGACCACUCCUGACCCAACGUCUUUUGAGUCAAAUUACACCGCUCCGUCCACGCCACCGAGCACUGUCUCCUUUCCUUCAUCUGAUGGCAAGAUACUCCUACCUCCUUAG